UAUUAAUUAAUCCGUUAAUAAUGUUAUUUUAAUUCUAUUUUGUCUUUUGCUUUUGUGCCCUACUUUGAUCGCGACGAGAUAACGGAUCUUGAUCGCUGCGAAAUUUCGUAGAAGUCACCGUUGACAAACACGUCACUGCGACAGAUCGAAUACAGAAGCCAGGAAUUUUAUUAUUGGGAGAGAAUUGAUGCAAUUAUGGGCUUAUGGCACGAAAUUGUGUGAAUGAGUUGAGGUGAUAAAAAUGGUGGGUCGAUUGAAUUUAUGGGAGAGGGGUUUCGUGGAGGUUUCUUGAUAAAUUUGGAAAAAUAAUGGCUUUGUUUGUUAGGAAUUGGAGGAGCUUAAGUUUUGUUGUAAGAGAAUUUUAGCAGAGUUUGGGGAUGGGUUCAGAUGCGAACGGAUUGUAAAGUUCUUUUAUUUGGAUAAGUAAUACCUCAAAGAGAUCAAAGGAAAUGGCGACUCCAGUUGAGCCUCCAAAUGGGGUUAGAAUCCAGGGUAAACAUUACUAUUCUAUGUGGCAAACCUUGUUUGAGAUUGACACGAAAUAUGUCCCCAUCAAGCCUAUUGGCCGAGGUGCCUAUGGAAUUGUAUGCUCUUCUGUGAAUAAAGAAACCAAUGAGAAAGUUGCAAUCAAAAAAAUACACAAUGCUUUUGAGAAUCGUGUUGAUGCACUGAGAACUUUGCGGGAACUCAAGCUUCUCCGGCACCUUCGACAUGAAAAUGUCAUUCAAUUGAAGGAUGUAAUGAUGCCUAUUCAUAGGAGAAGUUUCAAGGAUGUCUAUCUAGUCUAUGAACUCAUGGAUACAGAUCUACAUCAAAUUAUUAAGUCUUCUCAAGCACUAAGCAAUGAUCACUGCCAGUACUUCUUAUUCCAGUUACUCCGGGGUCUGAAGUAUCUUCACUCUGCAAAUAUUCUCCACCGUGACUUGAAGCCUGGGAAUCUACUUAUCAAUGCAAACUGUGAUCUAAAAAUUUGUGAUUUUGGGCUUGCACGUACUAGCAAUGGCAAGGGCCAGUUCAUGACUGAGUAUGUUGUUACUCGUUGGUAUCGAGCUCCAGAGCUACUACUCUGUUGUGAUAACUAUGGGACAUCUAUUGAUGUCUGGUCUGUAGGAUGUAUCUUUGCGGAGCUUCUAGGCCGGAAACCUAUAUUUCCAGGUACAGAGUGUCUUAACCAGCUUAAACUUAUCAUCAACAUCCUAGGCAGCCAACGGGAGGAGGAUCUUGGAUUUAUUGAUAAUCCCAAGGCCAAGAAAUACAUUAAAACACUUCCAUAUUCCCUAGGAAGUCCCUUUUCUCGCCUUUAUCCUAACGCCCAUCCUUUGGCAAUUGAUCUUCUGACGAAAAUGCUUGUUUUUGACCCAUCGAAGAGAAUAACUGUUACUGAAGCACUCCAACACCCUUAUAUGUCCCCACUGUAUGAUCCCAGCAGCAAUCCCCCAGCCCAAGUCCCUAUUGAUCUUGACAUAGAUGAGGAUUUAGGUGAAGAGAUGAUUCGGGAGAUGAUGUGGAGGGAGAUCCUCCAUUACCAUCCUGAAGAAGCUACAGCCAACGGGCAGAUGCUUGCCUGAUCUUGUUCCAUAUAAUUCUGCAGAUCGAGAGGCCUAAGAAAGUUAUUUUGCUUUGAGCUGAGGAAGUUUUUGUUGGCGGUACUCUUUAGUUCCUUUAUAUUUUAUGUUCGCUGUUGUACCCUUUUGUUCUUAAUAAUCUAAACUAAGCAUGCACCAGUCAGAUGUGCGGUCGAUGCAUGAUUUGACUAACUUUUGUUUAAGGGCUUGCGAAUGACCUUUAUUUAGCCCAUCCAGUUUGUAAAUAGGUGUGGUUUUGUAAGAGUUUGGGGAAACUUUUGUUGUAUGUUAGAAUAUCUAAAAUGUAUUUUAGUACUGUGGUGAUAACCGAGCUUGCAUGAAGAGACUGUUCCCCUGCUGUUGUAUUGAACAAUUAGCUUAAAAAUGAUAUAUGCAGGUACACUCAAACUUUUGUUUUAGCCA